GUAUAGAUGGCUCUGAUUAGAGGGGUUCUCUAGCGCCCUCUCUCAGUAUAAACAUUAUAGUCUUAACUUGUAGAUCACAUAAACAUAAUGUUGUCACGCAUUAUUAUGAUACAUUUAUCAAGGGCAAUUGGGACAAAUGUCAAAUCUGUUUUUACCUCGAGGGUCUAACAAAGUAUAAACAUGAUUAAUACCUUUCGUAACAAAGAAUGGCAAUCAACCAGUCAUCAGUAUUCAAUGGGGCUGACCUCGGAUCGGAUCCCGAUCCCGUCGGAUCGGGUGGUCGCGUACGUUACCCGACCUUUGAAGUUUAUGAAAACAUGACGAAAUGUCGGGAUUACGUUUUUAAAAUAAACUCCUCUCAUCUACGAAUGGUCUGGUCCAAUUUACCCGACACUUUGUGAUAACCCUAUGGCAAAUCGAAAGAGAAAUAGAUAACAUCAGUGAAAAAUAUAUUAUUGUGCAUUGAUAUUUUUAAUUGGGAUGGUCUAAAAACGACGAUAAAUAAUACUCGUGCAUGAAAUACAUGUAUAGCAAAUUCAAAUAAAUCCGGGGAGAGUAGGGCUCUUAUUUUUCUAAAUCUUCAGGCCCGAGUAUCGUGUCGCAGUCUCAAGAAAAUGACAAGGAAGCGGGUAUUUCUAGAUAUCCCGUCGUCCUAUUGUUAUGAUGCUGUUGUGAAAGAUGAAGAGAGUGGGAUGAUAGUCCUAGUGCAGGAUGGUUUUACCAUGGAAGAUGCUCUACGGGACGCCACCAAUGUAUUGAUUGACAGGCUGACAUCUGCAGGGCAGAUGAAAGAGUCCACUUCCUGUUUGGUGCCAGCUUAUUCAUCCCCACUCGUGCUCAUCCAAGGUAGUUGUCCUCCGGGAGAAGGCAUCAAGUGUGAUACCGUAUGUGAGUUUGCCUGCAGUGGUGCUAGCUAUACCAUGGUUGGAAAUCAUACCAUUAAGUGCGAGCCAAAUACAACUCUAUCCAAUGUCUUCCCUCGUUGCCAAGCAAAUAAACAACCAACCACACGCAUCACCACGACUACUAUAACAGCAUCUUCGACAAACCAUGUGCUUCAUACGACGACUAGUUCACCACGCUCGACAACAAAGAAAAGUCCUUCCACAAAGAGGGUUUUUACCACGCAGAUGAAUUCUUCCACAACUGAGAAUGCUCUCUCAACGGGAAAUCCGACGACACAGCAAGGUCCUCCAGCGACUAAGGAUCCGUUGACGUCGGAGGGUUCAUCGACUAAGAAGGGUUCUGGGACCACUGGGAGUCCUACCACCAAGGACAACCCAACCACAAAGAAAGGUCCUAGUCCUACCACACCAAGGAGUCAUUCCACUCCGAAGACAGUUCCUUCUACUUCUGCUCUUCCUCAGACAUCACGUACAUUUAGGAAGUUUGGACUUAUUGGCUUCUUAGGCGUCCCCCUACUCCUUCUGCCAGUAAUUUACAUCAUCUAUAAAUUACGUCACAGACAUGACAGACUACAGUCUAUGCCCCUUGACCCCCGCUGGGCCUUUGCCCCUGGACUUUACACCAAUUUACGUUCCACUUGCUUCGCUCGCUUUGCCCCACCUGAUCUUUAA